CCUGUUGGCGCUGCACAGGGAAGAAGCCGUAGAAGAAGAAUCGGCAUUGUAAACACAGGGGAUAUGGCUGACGAGGGAGGCGGAGGCGAAGAUAACGUUAACAACAACAUGGGGAACCACCUGCAGCUUCUAGCAGACAACGAGGAAGAAGAGGAGGAAGAUAACAUGGAGACUGAGGACCGAGACAGCGACGAGGCGGAAAAGCCCAACGUGAUCACCUUUGACCCCAGUCUUCCCACAUCUCAUGCUUACCUGGGUUCAGACAUGGAGGAGUUUCACGGGCGCACAGUGCAUGAUGACGACAGCUGCCAGACCAUCCCUGUGCUGCCUCACACAGCCGUGAUGCUGGUACCGGGUCAGACGCUGCCCCUGCAGCUCUUCAGGCCGCAGGAAGUCAGCAUGAUGCGUAGCGUUAUUCAGAAGGACCGGACCUUUGCUGUGCUUGCUCACAGUGAUGCAGCAGAACCGGAGGCUGAAUUUGGAACGACGGCGGAGAUAUACGCAUACAGGGAGGAGCAGGAGUAUGGCAUUGAAACUGUGAAAGUGAAAGCUGUUGGGAGGCAGAGAUUUAAGGUCCAUGAGAUAAGAACUCAAGCAGACGGAAUCAAACAAGCCAAAGUGCAGAUCCUCCCAGAACGAAUCCUGCCAGACCCACUCUCUGUCGUGCAACUGACGUCCUUGUCCAGGGUCCACAUGUCCCCCGCCUCCAAACUCCGAGCUAAGAGCUGUAAACAGGCUCAGCAUUGGUUGAAUCAGCAGAGAAAGUUUCACAGUGCCAGCCUGACUCCAUGGCCACCCUGGGUGUACUCCCUCUAUGACUCUGAGUCCCUCAUGAACAGAGUGAAAAAACAGCUCCACGAAUGGGAUGAGAAUCUAAAAGAUGAUUCGCUCCCGACAAACGCCGUAGACUUCUCCUACAGGGUGGCUGCCUGUCUGCCCAUAGAUGACGCUCUGCGGCUCCAGCUGCUCAAGAUUGGCAGCGCCAUCCAGAGACUCCGCUGCGAGCUGGACAUCAUGGACCGGUGUACGUCGUUGUGCUGCAAACAGUGCCAGGACACAGAAAUUACUACAAAGAAAGAGAUCUUCAGUUUGUCCUUGUACGGUCCCAUGGCUGCAUACGUCAACCCUCACGGUUAUGUUCAUGAAACUCUGACUGUCUACAAAGCCAACAACCUGAACCUGGUCGGCAGGCCAUCCACACUGCACAGCUGGUUUCCAGGGUACGCCUGGACUAUCGCUCAGUGCCGGACCUGCGGCUCUCAUAUGGGUUGGAAGUUCACAGCCACAAAGAAGGAUUUGUCUCCGCCUCGCUUUUGGGGUUUGACCCGUUCAGCUAUGCUUCCCCGCAUCCCACAGGGAGAAGGCGAGGAAGGCAGAGGAGGUUCCCGCCUCUUUUGUGUGUGACUUUAAACCACCCAGCCCUCCUUUUCC